UGUCGAUUGCAUUUAAUUGCUUUUGCCCAUGUUGAUCUUAUUACAUUACACAAUCAGUAAGCCAACCUCCGAGUCCCUCACACUUGUCCCUCAUCACACGUGUUCAGAUUCCCUGUUUGUCUGUGUGGAAAUUGUUUAUAUUCAAAAAACGCUUUUGAAAUAAUGUGUCUCUUAUAUCCUAUUAUCCCGCAUGCUUUCCAUUCAAUGAUGGCGAAAUUUCUUUGUAUUUUACAUCACUGUCUGAUACGAAAUCCAUCAAUAACCUGCAUGUACUGUUCAAUGCCACUUUGUGAACAUACCCAGUGUCUAGUUCCCAGAGUACGAAUAAUUAACUACUACAAUUAAUUAUACAAUAUCAGAAUCUCGUUCCUAUCUAACUGGUCUCUCGGAUUUUGAUUGGUAGUCAAUAAGCUGAUUGUUGCCUCGCGAGCAAACUGCCUGCUCAUUGGUGAUUUGGGGUUUUUUGGUGAUGCGUUGUGAUGUACGCGAGGUACGCUUAAAUCGUUACGGAAUCUGUUUACCUGUCUGAUAAAAGGAGGAUCAAAAGCUCCAAUUAAAACGCUCCGCCAUGUUCUCGCCCGCUGGGUGAUAAACAGGCUGUGAUACCCAACCUGCCACAUUUUCCAUACCUUUCAAAACUUUGUGCUUGAUUUUUAUGAAAAUGGACAUAGAUCAGGAUGGCUGGCUGCAUCGUUUCACAAGAUACCUUGACAUGAAUCUCCUCGAGAGCUUUCCAAAAUAUAUGGAUAUUUAAAAACUAAGUUAAAGUAACUCUGAUGGGAAGAAAAUUCGCGAGUGCUCAACAUGCCGUGCUUGGCGUUCUUGUGUCUGUCCGUGCUCCCUGUCAUGUCUUUGGCUGUUAUUCCAGAUGAACAGCGUUUACUGCAGGCCUUGUUGUCGGACUACAAUCCGGCCGCACGACCCGUGUAUAAUGCGUCCCAUAUCUUGCUCGUCAAAUUCGGAAUAACCCUGGCGCAAAUCUCAGACAUGGAUGAGGUCAAUCAGGUACUGACCACCAGUGUGUGGCUGGAGCAGGAAUGGCAAGAUGAACGACUUGUGUGGGAUCCGGCAGACUACAAUGGUCUGGAGACUUUGCGCAUGCCCUGUGACAAGAUCUGGCUUCCAGAUAUUGUGUUGUACAACAGUGCGGACGAUUACACUUCCGGGUACAUGCAGAGUAAGGCGAUGGUAAGGUACGAUGGGAACGUCUUUUGGCCUCCGCCAGCUAAGUUCCGGAGUUCCUGCAAGAUCGACAUCACCUUCUUUCCGUUUGACGAUCAAAUUUGUAAAAUGAAAUUCGGUUCUUGGACGUAUGACGGCUUCCAAGUCGACAUAACAAACAGAACCGCCAUGGUCGACCUGUCGAAUUACGUUUACAGUGGGGAAUGGGAACUGAUAUCCAUAUAUGGGAUUCGUAACGAGGUGAUAUACCAAUGCUGCAAUAUCCCGUACCCGGAUGUGACGUUUACAAUUAUCAUGCGUAGAAAGACGCUUUACUACCUGUUUAACAUUAUAUUUCCCUGUCUUUGGCUGACCAUCCUAAGUCUGUUGGGGUUUUGGCUGCCCCCUGAUAGUGGGGAAAAGAUUACUCUGGGAAUCACAGUCCUGUUAGCCUUUUCCGUGUUUAUGCUUCUCAUUGCUGAAAACAUGCCAGCUACAUCAGAGUUUGUUCCUUUGAUAGGUAUCUAUUUGACAGUGACGAUGGGUAUGACGUCAUUAUCCAUUAUAUUGACAGUGUUUGUGCUGCAGCUGCACCACGUGGGUCCGCAUCAGAGACCAGUGCCGGGCUGGCUGCGGAUUUUAUGUGUGGAUAUCUUAGCUAGAUUCAUGUGUAUGCGUCAGUCUCAGAUUCCACAGCCAUUUAUGGAGGAGUUCCGUAAAGACGAUCUGUGCUUAACAACUUUUUUUGAAAAUGUUGAAAAUGGAAAUACCGCGGGUACAUGCAACGGAAAUUUACAACAAAAUUCCAAUAACACAAUAAAUACUUACCAAAAUGACAAAUACCAUAUUGAAAUGGAAAAAGACAAGACACACCAGAAGAUUACGAAUCAUUUAAAACUGUUGGUGGAAAAACAGGACUACGAAGAAAACCACCAGGGCAUUGUGCACGAGUGGCAGUUUGUGGCUCACGUGAUGGACAGAGUGUUGUUCUGGAUAUUCCUUUUUGCUGCUGUAAUAUCGUCCAUUUUAAUUUUAGUUGUUAAGCCUUUAUUAAAGCCCCCACUGCAGUAAACAACAAAUAUAUUUAUUUAUUUAUGUCUAUAAAGCAGAAAAGAUACCCGGAAGUGCUCAAGGCGCCAUUGAUAAUAGAAUCAUACAUGUACCAAGUUCCGAAAUAGUUUUUCAGAUAAUUUCGUUAACUGCAUUUAUUUUUGAUAACUCAUAAUAAACCCGCCUGAAUAUUUUGUAAUUUAGAUAUUUUGAAAAGUAGGAACGAGGACAUAUAUACAUGCAUAUCAAAUACAUACUAUUGAUCAAGUACAUAUUAUUUUUUCAAAGGUCAUUAAAACCCGAGUUCCUGUAUCACGACAAGUGUUGGCAGGUUAAAAAACCCUCAUUACUAUGGCCCAGAGCGCUGUGCAUGGGUCUAAAUUUGUGGCACUUCGCCUAAAGCUGCUGACGUCUCAAGAUGAGAGAAAAAUUCCCGAAGAAAUGUUAAACAAAACAAAACCUCGUUACUAAUAUAAAGCCUUAAAGUUUAUACACUGUGAUCAGAGAUGAGAAAACUCGCAUCAGUAUGGAAAAUGUUUUAUUUGUUCAUUUCUUAUUCAUAUCAUCUAUUGUUAAUAUUGAACAAUCUGUUAAAGAUAUUCCACGCCAAGCAUUUCUAUAAAAUGUUCUCAUCAUAAGUAAUAUGAUAUUCAUAUAUUAUGAUGUUACACUUUUAAAAUAAUUAUUUUUGUUUGUCCAUCUGUUCGUUGAUAAUUUGAUUCUUAUACAUACUUUAUCUAAUAAACAACAAACUACUUAU